AUGGUACUAAUAAAUAGUAGAAAGAAACAACUCGCUUUAGGACCAGUUCGAUGCAACCUGUUGCUAGCCAAUAUCUUUUUUGCUGCUCUAUCUGUUAUUGGCCAAAGUGGACAACUUAUUUCUUUACCUUUAUGGGUCGAUGCUACUGAACAAGUAGCGAAAAAUAAUGCUUCAUAUGAUAUAGAUAAUAUAACUGAAAAUGGCAAUCACACCCAUCUAUCUAUGGAUAGCUAUUUCGUCGUGUCAUUCGCUUCUUUUUGCUACGUUAUUUUUUUCGGAGCAAUAACGUUAGCUAUAAAGUUUAUCAAACCGGGUGAAAUUGGCGAAGCUGAAAGAAAUUUUCCUCGUAAAAACCUAAUCGUUGUUGGUGGUUUUGAUGCUGCUAAUGGGUUAUUAGUAGUUUUUGCUAGUAGUGGAACGAGAACACCACCUUAUUUACAAGCUAUAUUACAAAACGUUUCUAUACCUCUAAUUGUCAUAGUCAGAUACCUGUUGUUGCAUAAGAAGCCAACACUGAAAAAAUUGAUUUGCACCGUGGUUGUUAUGUUGUGUCUGUUUAUUUGCCUUAUACCUAAGAUCUUUCCUUCCAUCAAUGGUAAAGCACAACAUCAUUUGCCUCAUGCUGCUACUGGUGCUGCAGCAAUUAUUUGGCCUAUUAUCUUUAUGAUUGGAUUUAUACCUGCCGCCUUUAUGAAUGCUUAUGAAGAAGCUGGUUUAAAGAUGAAAAGUCCAAAUGAAAAGCGUGUCAAUGCUAUAUGGUAUUUAACCUGGACAUCAUUUUAUCAGCUAGUGACCGUGGCCCUCUUUUUCUGGCUUGAUUUUCUACCAUUUUACGGCAAUCAGCCAGACAUUCAAACAUUUGGUCGAAGUUAUGCCUUCGGGUUAUCAUGCUUUUUUGGCGGUUCUGGUUGUUCAGCUGCACCUGGACUAAGAGGAACCUCAUUUAUCCUCUUUUACAUUAUAAACUACAUUGGUGGUAGCUUAUUAAUGCGUUAUGCAGAAGGAGCAACUCUGUUGGCUAUUGUCGGCGCGUUAGUAACACCGAUUGGUUUCAUCUUUUGGACGUUAUUUCAAGAAGAGCCAUUCAUGUUUCAUCCGCACGUUUCUAAUACAACCUGGUUUAGCCUUGCUGGUAUAAUCGUCAUGUUUCCAGCUUUGAUUAUCUACAAUAUGGGUAAAAAGGAAAUCGAUAUGACUAACCGCGAUGAUACUGAUUCCACCGCUUCCUUGAUGGGAUAUGAUAAACUGUAG